AUGCCUGCCUCGCCGCCGAGGAUGGCGGAAGUCGCGCCCGGCGAUCCUGGAGCCCCGGCCGGGCCGCACGCACGAGCGGACGGCGGGACGCCACCACCCCUCCCUCGCCCCCUCCCCUCCCCUCACGACCACCCACCCAACCCCCGCUGUCACCGCGCCACCGAGGGCAAAGCCGCGUCGCGAAUAACCGUGGGGGCGUGCGCGCGUGCGUGCCUCUCUCCGUUCCUCCCUCCCCGCCCGCCCCACCGCCCCACCUCCACCCCACCACCCCGGCGCGCGUCGCGUCUCUCCUGGUCGGAGGCGGAGGAGCGGAGGACGACCACCGGCGCGGACGCAGGCGUCCCGCAUUCCCCGAUCCGGCCCCGCCUGACCCCCGUUGCCACGGCAGCUCGAUCCGACCGACCAACUCGCCGGCCGGCAGGCGCCACGUAG